UGGUUCUGCGAGUACCUGGCAACCCUGAUUUUUGGUUCUUUAUUCUAUGAUCACGCGUUCGUAACGCGUCGCUGGGAGCUGCACAGAACGAGCUUAGGGACCAUGUCCGGUAGCAGUGCUAUAUCGAAUGCUAAAGAGCUUCAGGAUGCGAUUUCCGGUGCAAAGGACAAGCUGCUUGCCCUGUACUUCCAUGCGAGCUGGUCGCCUCAGUGUAAGCAGGUGGAUGACUUAUUGCCCGACCUUGUCAAAGACGAAGAUCUAGAGCGGACAAACUUCUGUAAGGUCGAUGCUGAACAAGUCGAAGACGUGAGCCUGAAGUAUAAGGUCACCUCAGUGCCAACGUUCGUCAUCCUUCUGAAUGGAGAGGCUGUUGACAGAGUAGAAGGCUUGAACAUGGUGGAACUUGUGCGCAAGUUGAAGUCACUGCAAGCUCGGGUGGAGAUGCCACCACUUGUGGCUGGUGACAAGCGGGUCACCGAGAGGCCUCAACUGGCAAUAAAACACUUCAAACAAGAGCUGAUGCAUAGGCUGCAGGCCAUCACGGCACAAGCUCCUUGUGUGCUCUUCAUGGAGGGGAGCACAAGUGCACCUGCAGAAGGUGGCAGUUCACAGGCUGUGGCUUUGCUGAAGAAAGCUGGCCUUCAGUUCCAACAUUUUGAUGUGACUACAGACUCGGCACUGCGGCAGCAGCUCAUUCAGCAUUUGGCAGACAAGGCAGCUUGCAAUUACCCACUGUUGUUUGUCAAUGGGGAGUUUGUUGGUGGUAUUGAUGAAAUAAAAAAGCUGGAUGACCAAGGACAGCUCGCCCACUUAAGUGCCCCUGGAAACCUGACACUGAGAUUACAGAAGCUCAUCAAUAAGGCACCCGUGAUGGUCUUCAUGAAAGGCUCACCUGACACACCUCGAUGUGGUUUCAGCCGAACUUUGAUGGAUAUAUUCAAGAAGCACAAAGUCACCUUUGACAGCUUUGACAUUCUGACAGAUGAAGAUGUGCGACAGGGUCUCAAGCAGUACUCCAACUGGCCAACAUACCCACAGGUGUAUGUCAAGGGAACACUUAUUGGCGGCCUCGACAUAAUCAAGGAACUGGAAGAAAGUGGUGAGCUUACAGCUGCUCUAAAUCCAUGACUACCCAACGCCUCAUGCUCUUUCACAUGAAUAAACUACAUUUGUGCUCA